UGCAGCGCGGCGGCUUUGACUCCGAUCGGACGGGCCAGCCGGCGCCAUUUUGUCGGUGUCGGCUGCGAAGUGGGACGGAGGCCGGCGCCCCUUUUUUUUCUCUCUUUAUAGAGGCGGAUUGCUACUCAAAAACUUCAGAAGAGUUGAGUCUGCAAUAAUCCAUAACAAUGGGCUACGAUAAAUAUGAUAAACGUGAAACCAGUCGAAGUGAGCGGAGUGGCCGUUAUGGCUCUGAAUGGAACAGAGACGACCACAGAGAGUCACGGGGUAGACGCGAUUAUGACUAUAAAGAUGUUGAUUAUCGUGCUCCGCCAAAUCACGGCAGGGACUAUGAUCGUGAUAGACGUCGCAGUGACUAUCGGAAUAAUGACCGCUAUCAAGAUUACAGGAACUAUGAGAAUUCUGAGAAUUGUGAAGAUGACAAUAGAUUUGAAAGACCUGAGGGAAGCCAUCCCCCGGCCUUGUCUGAUGAUGGACACAGAUGCUAUGAUGUUCUGUGUGAGGAGCUGUUGAGUGCUGUAAUCCUGGUGCAAAGAAUGUGUGGUAGAGACUCUGGCAGCUUACUUGACAUUCUUUUUACUGUGAGAACGGGCAACAAUUAG